UGGGCGGGGGGUCGGUCGGGUGGCGGUAGCGGCGCUGCCAUGAGCGUGGCGCUGCGAAAUGCGCAGCGCGCCGUGUCCGUGCGCCGGGCCUCGCUCCGCCGCGCCGUAUGUGCCUUGCGCUCCGCCCUGGGCGCCUCCCGCUUCGACGUAGGGCUAGUCUGCGCCAGCAACGCGUUGAUGCAGAGACUGAACGGCAUCUACCGACAUUGCCUGGAGCCCACCGACGUCCUCUCUUUCCCGUUCCACCAAGUGGAGGCGGGGGAGCUGCCGCGGCCGUGUUGCCGCGGCGAGUACAACCUGGGGGACAUCUUCCUGGGGGUGGAAUACAUCCACCAGCAGUGCCGCGAAACCGGGGAGGAUUUUGACGAUGUCCUGACGGUGACGGCGGCCCACGGAUUGUGCCACCUGCUCGGCUACCGGCACGACACGAAACCCGAGUGGGAGCAGAUGUACCAGAAGGAAGUGCAAAUCCUGGAGGAGUUGAACCGCCUCACAGGCUCCCGCUUGCGGCCCCUCACCGCCGGCCUCUUCUGAGAGACGGAGAGGGGCAGAGGCUCCUUCGGCGCCGCCCCGGACGUGUCGUG